AUGCGCCUAUUCAGUCUGCCGUCAGCUUUGCUGGCUCUGCUGGCCUUGACCGAUGUCUCUGCCGCGACUCACACCUCGAACUGGGCCGUUCUAGUCAGCACGUCGCGAUUCUGGUUCAACUAUCGUCAUCUCGCAAACACUCUCAGCCUGUACCGCACCGUAAAACGAUUAGGCAUACCGGAUAGCCAGAUUAUAUUGAUGUUGCCCGAUGAUAUGGCAUGCAACCCUCGAAAUUCAUUUCCGGGCAGCGUGUUCAAUGACAAGAGCAGGCAAUUAGACCUCUACGAUAAUACAGGCUGGGCAGAGGACAUGGCCGGUAUGGGCGGAAUCGAGGUGGACUAUAGAGGCAACGAGGUCACAGUCGAGAACUUUAUCAGGCUGCUGACCGAUCGCUGGCCGGCAUCACACCCCACGAGUAAGAGAUUAAUGACGGACGAUCGCAGCAAUAUCCUUAUAUACAUGACUGGGCACGGUGGUAAUGAGUUCUUGAAGUUUCAAGACAGCGAAGAAAUAAGCAGCUUCGACUUGGCGGAUGCAUUUGAGCAAAUGUGGGAGAAGAAACGGUACCACGAAUUGCUAUUCAUGAUCGAUACCUGCCAGGCAAAUACAAUGUAUACGGCUUUCUACACACCAAAUAUCAUUGCCACUGGAAGCUCGGCCAAGGACCAGAGCUCUUAUAGCCAUCACGCAGACCAAGAUGUUGGUGUGGCUGUUAUCGACAGAUGGACAUAUUACAACUUGGAGUUCCUGGAAACGAGACUGAACAGCACGUCUGCGGACGUCAGACUCGGAGAGCUCUUCGACUUUUAUACUUUCGAGAGGGUCCACAGCGAUGCUGGGGUGCGAUACGACCUGUUCCCAGGCGGUGAACAAGCUGCGAGGGAUCGACGAGUGCUUGACUUCUUCGGCAGCGUUCAACGUGUCGAGGUCGGCUCCGCCAAAGGUGGCAGCCUGGGAGAUUGGAAGUCUGAUCUGGAAGCGCUACGUGCCAUCUACCAAAGGCAGCAGGCAGAAUUCGCAGAGGCGCACCCGAUCGAGCGGGAACAGGAAAGUGAGGCAAUCAUUCGUGCUGCCAAAGACGAUGGAAAGGUUGCACUUGAUAUGGCUCAGGCUGGAGGAGAUUGGGGCAAGAAGCUGGUCGGCCUUGGAUCGUUGAUAUCAUUAGGGGCUGCGUGGCUUGCGUCGAAUGCUCUGUAA